CAGCGACCGGCCUGUGCUUACGUUCUUUCGAAUUAAUAUUUUGUCGCAACCCGUCCUCGUCGUAUCACAUCAUGCCUUCACGUAUUGUCGUACUGACAUGUUAUUAUUAGUACUGGUAUCGUACUAUUGUUUUUUUUUUUUUUUUCAAUAUAAUAAUAAAAACCGAGAGGUUAACCCACCAACGGUAUCAAUUAGCGCGCUGUUUCGCCCUUCACCGGCGAGUGUAGUCGAGUCGAGUUCCGUUAUAUUUAUGAAGUUUUCCAAGACUGUGGGUAACAGCUGGCACAAUGUGCUCGACCAACUACAGCCGAGAAUACCUGGUGAAACCCACGACGAACGGUAUGGUGGACGAGAGGAGCUACAUACUCCAACAGCAGCAGCGACAGGUCAGUUUUCGAACCCUCUCCCCCUAGUCAGUUAUAUGUAUUUGCUUCGGUUUGGUUCAUUAUUUAAGCCGGGUCUUGACUGUUAUUACAUAAUAUACACAGAUGUUACGAACAUAUAAAGAAUACCGCCUCAAAUAUCACACAUAAGUAUACUGAUAUGCAUACAUGUUAAAUUAUCAAUAGUACGGACAAGUGUAAACGUCUGCAAAAACUAUAUUCAAUUUUAUUAGAAUAGAUAUUGGUAGCCGGUAGAUUUUUGUAUUAAACAUGUACUAAUAUUGCAAAAUAAUAAUUAUUAUGAUGCUCUUUUGAUUUAUUUUAUUGUUGAUUUAAGUUUUAACAAAUUAAAUUUUUUUUAUUUUUGUUGGUACCGAUGACAGACUGGGAACUGCUGUGGUAUUACUUCCGGUCCGUCACCAUCGUUUAUUAAAUAAAUAACACACACAUGCAUAACAAUCGUGAGUAUGUGAUAGGAAUCCCUGCCACAGUGACACUAAUAUCAUUAUAACAAUAAAUAUACUCUAUGCUCUGUAUACAAUAUGCAUAUAUGUAUAUUAUAUAUUUUUCCAGUUACUUUUAGUGACUCCCUUUGUAACUUCUUCAAAAUGAGAUCAAAAUCGGGAAUUAUAAUUGUUUUGUGGGCGGAUUGAAUUGAUACGGGUUGGAUUGAAUUUUAUAAUGAAUUUCACCAUGUUGCUGCAUGUUAUUUUAGCUUUAAACGCUCUUAAACAUCCCCAAAAUGAAGCCAGAGAGAUAAAAUAAUAUAUUACGUGCGGCGUUAGUAUCAAGGUUGUACUUCUUGGGGUUUUUAACUUUCAACCACCAUCCUAUAAUUUAUAUUUAUUUUUUUUUGAAAAUAGUGGGUAUCAGGAUCGCCCGAAGGGGGACAAGACGGAAAUCUCUGUGAAUCUCCCUGUACUUCAAAAUUUCAAAUAUAUUUUUAAGAAUUAAUCAAUAUAAAAUUAUUUUAAUUAUUUUUUUGGUGUAUGGCAGAUAUAUUAUAGUGUAGAUUUGAACAUUGAAGUACAGUAUUGUAUUAUUAUUUAUUAUAGUGUUUAGUUAUUUAUUAUUCAUAUUUUACAAAGAAUAUUUUUAUUAUACAAAAUAGGCAUGUCAAAUAAUGGCAGCUCUGCUGCUCACGGGUUUUUAUUUUUCAACAGAAUUUGCGUAUUUCCCAUAUUAGUCUUAUUUUAUUUGUUUUUUUCCCUAUAUAAUGUUAUUAUCAUUUGUACUGCUCGAUAUUGUACGUGGUGUAAAUAUUGUCCGAGCUUUUAUGUUGACACAGUUACCUACACCGGUUCUUUAACGCGUUCAGUAAGUAUAUAUACCAAAAAAAAAAACUUAUUUGUUUUUUACAGUACUGUUGUUUGUAGUUCUUUGCAGAUGUCGACGACACACGCAGUUACACCAUUCCAUAUCUAUGUGUUUUUAUUCUUUUAUAAAUUCACGCAGACUUCUUUUAUCAUUAAUUCAAUUUUUGAAUAUUGCUAUAACAUAAUAACGUGUUGAUUCGGCUUUAUAUACUGCCACGCGUCUUGCCACUAAUCCGUUAAAUUCGAACGCAUAAUGAUUACACACAUCAAUAAUUAUUGUAGUGAAUACAAAAGAAAAUUUGUACUUGUCUUUCAGCAUACACUUAUCAAUAAAUAUUUGUAAAAUUAAUUAUAAAUAAUUCUAAUAUUUUAAGUGAAUAGGUAUAUUUAAAUUAAACUACAAUAAUAAUCGUAAAGGAAAAAAGACGGGCAUACUUAGUACAAUGGGUGGACAACUCUUGUAGGUGAGAACAUGGGAAGGUAGAAGGGAAAUUUAAUACUUAUCUGUACACAACGAUUAACCAUUGCAAAACUAUUCUGACCGGUGUUCGGUUAAUAGUGUUGCUUUGUCAACCAUGUAUAUAUAUGUCAUAUUAUGGUAAAAUAAAUACAUAUGCAUUAUAUAUUUUCUUUAAUGAUAUUUGUUUACUAUUAUACCUGUUUUCCAGUUUUUCCUACGUUUUUACUCAUUUUUUUCGGUUUUCCUAUUUAUUGGGAAAAUUUCUGAGGAAAUCAAAAAAUUACAUUCUUAAAGUGCCACCCCAGUCAAAGUAACUUUCAGAAAAAGUGCUAUAAUUAAAAACCGGAGUAAAAUUGCUGGUAGAAAACUUGUAAACAGAAAAAAAAAUAAAUAUCAUUGUAAAAUCAAUCUUAAACGAUCGACGAUUUAAUUUGGAAAAUGUAUGGUCUCUUCUAUAACCCUGAGACUCAAGUGUGAGAGAGAAGAUUUAAUUGACAGCUGAAACAAUUGUAUGGAAAAGGAAGUAUUGUUCAGUUUAUAAAAGACGUAAGACUGGGUUGUGCAGGUCAAAUCUGGAGAACAGAUAAGAGUAUAAUGAAAACAGUAUUUGUGAACAACCUAAUAGGAAAAGUAGACCGAAAAACGGCGAUUAGAUGUGGUCAAAAGAAACAUAGUGAAAUUGAAACUAAAUUGACAUGGAGACAUAAACCAAAUGUAUAAUAGGACAAAUUUGAAAAAAAAUGUUAUUGGCUAUUGGUAUCAACGGGACUAUAAUGAUCAAAAAUAAUAAUAAUAAUAACAAUUAAACAAAGAAAUAUCAUACACAAUAACAUUUUCGAAAGUCUUAUGAAUAUGUUUGUGUAAAUUUGAAAAAGAAAUAUAUUCUAAAAAAUUGAUAAUAAACUUUAAUUUUAUUUGAUGAACUAUUUAUAUAUUAUAUUUAUUGUUGAUAAUAAAAAAAAGAAAAAAUUAUUAUUUAAAUUCGUACAAUUUUUUUUAAACUAAUGUUAACUAAAGGCAAAUUCCCAACUAAAGGUAGGUAUUUAUCAGGUACGCUUUUCAAGAGCUUUAUGUAAAAAAAAAAAACCAUAUAUAAAUUUGAUACUUUUUGAUAAUUAUAUACGAUACUGAUUUAUUGGUUUACAAAAAAGCUAUUAUAAGAGAGGAUUGACAAUUUGACAUCUAAUACUUUAGAAGAGAUUGGGUUUCAGUAAACUUUACUUUUUUAAAAUUCUCAAUAUUGCGAAGAAGCUCUUAGUUUAACUAAGGUUUGUAUUUUGUGGAAAAAAACUUUUUUAGGUAGUAAAGUAUUUCAAUUUUUUCACAUCAUAACUUAAAAGAAACAGAUUUUCCGCUGAGAUAUUAGAUUUUAAGAAUUUUUAAACAAUUACAAAUGACAAAACAACGUAGGUUUUACUUUUGUAAACAAAUUAUUUUUAUUAUUUUUGGUCUCCUUAGGCUAUACAAAGAAAAAAGUGCGACUAAUAGUGUAACCAAUAAACCUAACCUUAUAUCAGUUUUUACUAAGCUCCGUUCAGAAUUAUUUUUCGAUUCCAAUGACUUAUCGUUGCUUUCAGUACAUCAACUUUAUUGUCUUAUAUCCUAUACCUUCCAAACUUCCCACAUACAACAGUGGCCUAUCAAUUUGCUACAGUGCGAUGUAAGUUCGGCUUUUAAGUUAUUUAUAAUAAAUCAUAAAAAAUAAACAACAAAUGAAAAAUAACAAAAAAUGCUACCUAUUUUCUCAUAUAUUAUUAUUGAAUAUAAAUUAUAAAAUAUGAUUUUAAAUUACUAAUAUUUUACUAAAUUUUCAUUGAAAAAUGUUUAUAGUAAAUAUUAAAAUGAUAAUAAUAUGAAUGAAAUUGGAAUAAAAAAAGUAUGAAAGAUUUAAAUUUACAUCGUAUAUUUAUAAUUUAUGUAUUUGAUCAGAGACAUUGACUUUUUUUAGAUUCUGAGUGGAGCGAAGACGCUUAUGGUUUUACAAAGAUGUUUAUUUUUUUUUUUAUAUCUGUGCGCAUUUUUUCUACCAGAAUACUUCCUAAGAGCAGCACAAUUUUUGAAACGAAUUUGGUGUGUGAGGUACUUUAAGGAGGUCAUUUUUCGAUUUUCUGAGGAAUUUUCUCUUCAAAUUUGAAAAACUGAAAAAGAACGGCGGAAAAUAUAAGAAAUGUAGGUAUUAGUUAAAAUAAUAUAUUACGAUCUUCUUUUUUUUUUGUUCAAAACUUUUUUACCACCAAUUUUGCUGACGUUUAGAGAAUUUUGAUAACGUCUAGAAAAGGCUGAAGAAAUAAGUACUCCGUGAAAAUGACGGGUCUUAGUUUUUUAUGAUUUUAAUCGAAUUACAAAAAAAAAAAAUUAUUAUCCUACAUUAUUCUUAAUUAUCAAAAAAACUACUAGGAAAAGAGAUUACAUAAACUAGCAAUAUUUUCUUUUGAAAAUAUGUUACACAUCAAUAAAACUUAACAUUGCAGACAGAAAAAUAGAAACUACAUUAUAUAGUCAAACAAAUAUAAGUUCCACACCCAGAAUUUAAACAAAUUGAAUUUACUGAAUAGAACAAAAAUUAUUUGGUUUGUCAGAUGUAUAUGGGACACUGUGCUUUUUUAUAAAGAAUUUUUUUUGGGAGCUAUAAUAAUAUGAACUGUAUAUAAUUUUUAAAAUACGGUUUAUUUGAUUUGAACAUUAUCCUUUUAAAGUGUAUUUUUUUUAUUAUCACGAUUUAUUUUACUUAAUUUGAAUUUUCCUCAUCCGACUUCGUAUGUAAAGUAAAUGCGUUUUUGAAGUAUAUUUACAAAACCGUCGCGCGUUAUAUUGACUCUCCCGUUCGCGCUAUUUGAUUUAUUUACUUUUAUUGUUUCGAAUCGAAGUGCCCGUGCUAUAUUCGAGUUUUACGCAUAAUAUAAUUAUAUUACUUCUAUAUACCUAUUUACAUUAUUAUAUAGAUUUAAAUUCACAUUUCAACUGUCAGUAUAACGUGCAAACACAGUUAUUUACGAAAUUAUUAAAGUAUAUAAUAUAUAGGUAUAAAACGUGGUCGAUGAUAAUAUUAUAUAUAUAGUGGAGUUAAAAUUUGCUACAAUAAACUAUUGCUAACGAGCAAAGUUCAGUUGAUAGUAAUGUUUUGUCAACAAUUUAUAUGUUAUAUUGUGGUAAAAUAAUUAAAUGGGCAUUAUAUAUUUUUUUUAAUAAAAUUUGUUUAGUAUUGUACCGAUUUUCUCGUUUUUUCUAUGUUUUUCCCAGUUUUCCCGUGGUUUUUCCCGGUUUUCACAUUUUUUGGGAAAACUCUUAGGAAAAUUGAAAAACGACCUUAAAGUAAAGGGUUUAUUAAUAAGAGCGAGUCGAUGUUGAAAUGAAAUAAAACAAGCUGUGUCUGAGGUAUUAACGAAAUUAUUUUUUUAUUUGAAAGUUCUACGUAUGCCAAUUAUGUUUGGAAUAUAAUAUCAUUUAAAUGUCUGCCACGGCUUCUCACAGUGGCACGAAUCCGAGUGGUCCAAUUUUUAAUGACUCUGUCGUAUAGAUCCGGUUGAAUUUGAGCGUUGGCCUGGGCCCAUGUUCACUUUAAGGUCAUCUGUCGAUUUCGGCUUAUUGGCGAAGACCUGCGACUUCAGGAAACCUUACAAGAAAAAGUCAAAUGGAAUCAAAUCACACGAUCUUCGUGGACAAUUCACGUCUCCUCGGCGAUAGAGAACCAUACCCUCAAAUUAGUCGUUCAGAAUGUCUAUCGUGGCUUUGGAUAUAUGGUACGUAGUACCAUCCUGCUGAAACCAAAUGUUGUCUACGUCCAUAUUGUUCAUUUUGGGAAAAAAGAAAUCGGUCAUCAUCGUUCUGUAUCGCUCACCAUUGACGGUGAUGGCCUCACCAACGUCGUUUUCAUUAAAAAGUAUGGACCAAUAAUGCCGCUGGCCCAAAAUCCGUACCAAACAGUAACUUUUUGUGGAUACAUUGUUACUUUUUGAACCUUGUAUGGGUUGAUAUUGCCCCAUUUCCGGUAAUUUUGUUUGUUUACAUAGCCAUUCAUCUAAAAAUGCGCUUCGUCACUAAAGAUGAUUUUUCGGCCAAAAUUAGGGUCCUCUUCUAAACGAUCCGAAAUCCAGUCAGCAAACAAUUGGCGUUAUCUAUGAUCAUUAAUUUUAGGCUCCUGGGUCAGUUGGAUCUUGUACGGGUGUAAGCUCUAGUCCCGGCGCAAAAUUCGUCAAGUUGAAGACUGUGAAAGACCGAGUUCUUGUGCACGGUGAGGAAUUGACUGCCUCGGGUUCUCCUGUACACAUUCAUGUACCACGGCGAUAUUAUCGGCCGAUCAGGCGUUUUUUUUGACGUACGGGUGUUAACUGAUCGUUUACCGAACAAGUUGUCUCAAAUUUUGUUACCAAACGUCGGAAUGUGGACUUUUAAGAGUCAUUACGUCGGCCAAAAAUGAACGUAACGAGUGCAAAGUUUGCACUAUCGAACAUUUAUUUUGAUAAUAAAAUUGUAUCAUUUGGACGUGCUGCUCAAUAGUGUAACUUACCAUGAUGAUUUGGCAUUAGUGACUGAAUAAUAAAAAAUAAGAUAGACGUCACCAAAACGAUAAGGCCAUACAACGCAGAUAACAUCGGCCCGCUCCAAUUGGAAAACCUGUUAUUACCCCAAGAAAAUUGACUUUCAGUAAAGGGUCUACAUUGUAUACAUCGGAGUUAGCUUUCUGGUAGAAAAGUGUUCACAUAAAAAAAAAACAAACAUCUUUGUAAAAUCAAUAUAUUCUUCGCUACACUCAGAAUUAAAAAAAAAAAAAAUAAAAAAAAAAAAUAAGAACUGACUCUCCACUCUUCCCUGUUCUCAGCUAACCUCUUCAUUACAGUGUAACUCGAUAGCACCGGAAAUCAUUUGUUUGACAAAUGAAGUUCUUGAACGUCUUUAGCUCCUUUUACCUUCAAUUUUCCCUUCUAUUAUUCUAUAAACUAGUUAAUUUUCGUGCCUCAAUAUAUGAUCAAUCAUCAAUGUCUUGCUUUGAUGGUUUCGAUUAUCUAUCUGCGUUCAUCUAUUCACUGAGUAUACUUUUGUUGGUCUGGUGUUUAACCCUACUCACUCGCAGCAUUCUUAUCCAAUACCACAUUUCAAAGCUUUCGAGAAUUCAUUAUUCUGUUUUAUUUAUUAACCAGGUUUCUCAGCCAUAUACUACCACACUCCAUACAAAUGGAUAUACAUAUGGUUACUUUAUGAAACGAAUCUUCACCUCAAUACUUUGUUGAAUCAUAACAAUUUGUUUUUAUUCACAAGUACUGACUUCGCCUAUGCGAUUCUGGAUCGUAUUUCCAUGACGUAUCUGCUGUCUUAGUUGAUGCAAUGAAAUUACUAAACUUUAAAUAGGUUUUAUAAUUUUAUUGUAUUUUUCACAAAUUCUUAGUCCAAAUGACUAAAUAUUUCGAUCGAUCAUUGAUCAGUAGCAUCCUCAGUAAUUUUCAAUAAUGGGGGGGGGGUUGUGGAUAAUUUCUAGAUAAAUAUGCAGGAGGCUCUCGGUGCACACCUCCUAUUUAUGACAUUUAAUAUUAUUUUGAAGAAUAAAAAUAUAAAAAAAAAAAAAAUAACAAUAGAAUAUUUAAUACACUUUUUUUUUUUUAUAAUAUAAAUUCUAAUNUUGAAGAAUAAAAAUAUAAAAAAAAAAAAAAUAACAAUAGAAUAAUUAAUACACUUUUUUUUUUUUAUAAUAUAAAUUCUAAUUUUUUUGGUUUUUCAUCAGAAUUUGCUUUAGAAAAUAAACACUUAGAUCUUUAGAAAAUAAAAAUGCAUUUUAAAUACUACACAAAAUUUAAUUUAAUUGAUAAAUAAUGUAUCAUUAACCUUUAAUUAUAUUUUUGUGCAUCAAAAACCUUUCAUUUAAUUGCUGAAUAAAUGAAUCAAUAAAUGGGAUGGCUACAGUUAUACGAUAGUAUUUUUCAGGAGUAAGAUCAUCAACACAGGGGUUAGCUUGAUUUUUGUUUAUUUUAAUUACAUGUUUAAAUGAGAUACCUAUGCCAACCACUUCAGAAAUAAACUAGCGAGUAACAACUAUAAAAAAAAUUUAAUAACGAAAAUACAUUUUCAAAAUGGCUCAUACGAGUCGCGACAAUCGCGAAUUUUUGGUAUCAUGAUUCAUCAAAAUUCAAAAUAGUCAUUAGUUAUUACACAACAUAGAUUACAUUUAAAAAAAAAUUGAUUAAAUUGAUUGAUAAGGACAUGUUCCACCAUGAGUUGAUAACCACAUUAACUAAUACACUAUAGACCUUAUACACCUUGACCAGUAACCAUAUAAUAACUGAUAAUGAAAAUCAAUGAGUUAUCAUUUCACUCUAUAUAUAAUCAGUCAAUUAUUAUAAUAGUUUAUCAAUAAUACUUUCGUAUAACAAAUAUAUUUAUAUUGUAAUACUAUAAAUAUAAAUUAUACUAAGAAACGAUGAAUAUUCACAUUCCUUACAAGUAUAAUACGAAUUAAUUUAAAAAAAUAUGGCCAAUGGGAGGGGGGUUGAGCCCCAUGAACUCUCUACCCCUGUGAGUACACCCAUAAUCCUCAAGUUAACUUAUAAAUCAUAAUUCUGUGCACGGUCUAAGGAUAUGAUUUACAUAGGUAUAUUACGAUACGAUACUUGUAUAUUGUCAUAGAUUUGAAUUGUAUAUAUUAAAUGUGUCACUGAAAACAAUUUAAAAAAAUAUAUAUAUGUUUUUGGCGACAGGCGCGACAAUCAUGAAAAUAUAUUAUUAUCAAUAACUCAGUUAAUAUUUUUAUCAGUAUAUGCUCGUAUGCGGGCGUAUAAUACCUACGUAUGGUCUAUUUUUCAAAAAGGCAAGUACGCUACGAUUCACAAAGACGAUUUGGGUACAUUAAUCAAAUGCAUAUAUUUAUAUUUUUUUAAAUGAAAUCAUUAAAACAAUUAUUAUUUUCUAAUAGUAAUUAUUAUUAAUAUACGGGUUCGUGUUGAUGUAUAAAUCGUAGCAUUAACGUAGGUUUAAGAAUAUGUUCCCUAUAGGUACCUAGAAAUACGUGUCCUUCAUAAAAUUGAAGUUUUUAUUUAAAAAUAUAUACGUAGUCUUAUGUAUUGUAAUAAACUGUUUUUAAAUAAUACAUUUGAUAAUUUUCGAGUUUAUUGCUGAAUCGGAAAAUUAUAUUGACAAACGAAUUAAUACGAAUUAAAAAACUACUUGAAACUUAAGAGGGCGCAUGUAUGUCCAAAUAAUAUUGAUAAUCAAUUAUUAAUGUACAAAAUGAUUAAAUAUUAAUAAUAUUGAGACCGUAGUAGUUUUCUGCAAUAUUGAUGAGGUAUGCUUAUUAUAAGCUAAUAAUUAUUUUAUUUAUUUUUUUUAUUUACAUUUUUUUUUGCAAUUCAUAAAAAGAUUUAUGAGAUGCUUAACAUAAUCAACAGUACCCGUGUAGUAUAUAACGUAUAUUAUUUAGUGACAAUAAUUUGUAGCGUACAUAACAAAAUUUAUAUAGGUUAAGAUAAAAACGGUUCUUAUAGGUUUUAAUCAAAGAUCUAGCAUGGUAAUAAUUAAUUGUAUUAAUAAAUUAUAAUUUGUGAGAAUAAAAGUACGCAUUUUCAUAUUUUGAUAUUAUGUUUAUACGAGUGUAAAAUGGUACUAAAAUUAUUAUCAGCAAGGAGUUUUAUUAUAAUUAACAAUGGACGCAUUGACCUAUGUGGUAAUUAUAAUAAAUCAAUAUAACUGUAUAUUAUAUUACAUAAUAUAAGUAAAUAUAAUAUUUAAAUAGUGAUUAUCUUGAUGAAUACUAAAUAUCUUUUUUAUUUUUGAAAUUUCCAAUUUGUUGACACUCUUUUUAAACAGGUUUUAAACGAUACAUAAAAUAUCCUUGUUGGAUGCUUAUCCUCUAUAUCCUCUAUUUUUUAAAAAAUUUCUUAAAUAUAAUUUAAUGAAUACAAAUUUUACUUUUUGUCAAAUUUUAAUAUACAAAAUGACGUGAGAUUUUUAAUAGAAAAAUUACAACGAUUUCAUUAAUUCUGUAUUGAAAGGGGCGGACCUAAAUCGACCUUUUGGUUUUCACCCAAAUGACCUUUUUUUACCUAAAUUCAAAAAAGAAUGAUUAAGUUUUCAUCAAAAGUAAUAUUAUACAUUGUAAACGAAAAAUAUAUUUUGGUUACCACUAUCCACGAGUUGUAAACAAUAGUUCAGCUUGUGUAGGAAACUCCAGAUUCUAAAUCAAAUUAGGUAUACAUCGUUAUCUCGCCGAUUAGUUAGAUAAGUUACAAUCGGAAAUUACGCUGAAUUAUUGAAGCUCAUUUAGCUUUAGAAAAUACAGUUGUAAUACGUUGUAAAGGCGAACAAUUUUUAGUUCUUAUUGAUAAAAUAAAAAUAUUUUCAUUUUUUUAUGUGAUACAAAUUUAAAUAAUAUUGUGCGUAGUUGAUUUAAUUUACGUUUAUGAAACAUUUAAAUGCUUUACUACACAGGUAUAAAUAACACUUUUAAUAAAAAAAAUACAGCGGUAACCAAAAUGUUUUUAUCGUUUAUGAUGAACAAUAUUACUUUGGGCAAAACCAAAUCAUUCUUUUUUGAGUUUGGGUAAAAAAGGUCAUUUGGGCGAAAACUAAAAAUCGAUUUUGAAUGAAAACAUGUACUCCCAUUGGAAGAGUAUUAAAUAUUUAUAAUGAGGUUAAGAAAAAUAAGUUCAAAAACAUCUUGAGUGUAUAGAUAGAUUUUAAAAAUAUUAUUCUAUAGGUACCUAUCAAUAUUUCUUAGAAAAUAAUAAAAAGUGUUUAAUCUAUGACAUCUCACCACGUAUUACAAUCUCUUAUUAUAUCAGUUAAGUCCUUGUGUAAAAAAAUAGUAAAAAUGUAUUGUUUAAAACUUAACCUAACCUAAAUUAAGUGAAACAAAUUAUUAUAAAUUUUUAUAAUUUUGGACAAUUUAUGAAAACAAUGAAAUAUCAGUUAAUAAUAGCCUACCAUUUAAUAUGCUUAUCAUUGAUGUUACGUAUUCAUACUGUAAUAAGCGGUUAAACAUACGAUUAAGUUAUUAUAUUGAUUGUAAAUGAUGAUUUAUGGUUAGAAAAUAGAUUUCGACAUAAGAUGUUGAGUUGUGAAAUCAAUUUCAUAGAGAUUAUUAUUUAAUGUGCUAUAUAUGUAUCUAUACGUACCUAUUUGUAUUGUUUAUAACGAUAAUACUGUUUAUUUUGUUUAGAGUUUCGAGGUACUAGUGGUUAUAGGUUACCUGUUUAAAAAUUUCAAGUCAAAGAUACCUAUUACCCCGCUUAUUACAUUAUUACUUUAGUAUCCACUGUUUGUGUGUAAGUGUAAUACCUAUUUAAAUUAAAAUAUGAACGAAACACAUAAGACAUAAUUGAGGCAUAUUAUUACCAGUAUACCCAAUAUUAGUGAUCUGAAAGUGGUAUAGUGAUGCGAAGGAAUUGUACACUCUAUAGUUCCGGAUAUUCUAAUUAUUACAAUUUAAAACGCUUCUAUGCAUUUACAAUUCUUUGGAUGUAUAUAUAAAGCUCAUCAUUAUAACUAUGUUACCUAAUAAAUAUUAGGUAAGUAUUACCUUCUAUUACGAGUCUAUUAUUAUUGUAUACCUAUAUUGAUUUUGUUGGUAAUAAUCAUUUUUGGGUACCAAUUCUUUUUUUUUUUGUAUUGUUUUAUUAUUUAUAUCUGUUGAUCAGUUAUUUUAUUUAUUUAUUUUAUUAUUAUUUUUACACGCUAUACGAAUAAAUAAAUUUUAAUUUUGUUGUUAAAAUAUAGGCAUUGGACGGAGUCGACAACCACAAAAACUGUCCAAAGUUCGCGAGCUUCAAUUACAUCAACUCAAUUAUUGGUAGCGGUGUUAUCGGUAAGUUGGGCAAUACUUAACUUUUCAUUAUAAUUUAACCGAGAAGCAUUGAAAACUUGAUAAGGACAAUAAUUCUGUAAAACCACAAUCAGCUUACCAUAACCAUAACCAUUAUUAAACUAUAAUGGGUGUAUACUUAUAAUAUUUUAAUUUCUUGAUACUUUGCACAGCAAUCACAACAAAUCGUUUUUUUAAGAAGCCGGGUAGUUGCGUUAUCCUUUUUGAGUAUUAAUAUUUAUUUAUAUGAGUAUUAUUGUUAAAAUAAUAAAAUAUUUUUUCAGUACUGUUGUUAAAAAAAAAAUAUAUAUAUUUUUAACGAUAAUAUUAAAGACAUUUAAUUAGUGAAAUUUAUUAUAACACAUUAUGGUAUCCACCAAUUUUGAGCAAUUUCCGUAAUUAAAAAAAGUUGUCCAAUGAUAAUGGGGAUGGAUGCAACCGCUGUUGUAGGUGGGAAAUUAGGAAGGUAGGAUAUAGAUGGGAAUUUAAUAUAUAUCUGUGGGAAAUGAUAUUGCUAACGAAAAAACGAUUCUGAACGCAGUUCAGUAGAUAGUGAUGCUUUGUCAACAAUGUAUAUGUCAUAAUAUGGUAAAAUAAUUAAAUAGGCUUUAUAUAUUUUCUUUAAUAAUAUUUAUUUAAUAUUAUUCUGAUUUUUCCAUUUUUCCUGCGUUUUCCCCGUGUUUUUUUCCCGGUUUUUCACAUUCACUGAGAAAAGUCUUGGGAAAAUUGUAAAAUGAUAUCUUCAAAGUACCUUCCCAGUUAGAUUUUCUUUUUGGAAAAGAUCUACAUCGUAAACAUCUGAGUAAAUUUUCUGGUAGAAAAAAUAUUCGUGUAAAAAAAAAUUAUCAUUUAUCAUUAUUAUAAUUAUCAUUAUUUGUAAAACCAAUACAUUCCUCGCUCCAAUCAGAAUCUAAACUUUAAAAGUUCAGAAAUAUGUGUAUGUGGUAUUAUUACACCCAGUGAUACUGUAUGGAUCAGAAACUUGGCUUUUCAGAAAAACGGAAGAAAUAAGGCUGGGUGUUUUUAAUAGGAAAAUAUAUAAGAAAAAACUCGAGGUCCUUUUUUAACACAUUCUAGCAUUGCAAAAGGAAUCUCUAUUAGAAGACUGAAGUGAACUGGAUAUGCUUGGAGGAAACCGGGUUUAAUAAUUAGGACCGUAAUAAAAAAUAACCUGUAUGUAGGUAACCGAACUUUAGGAAGACCCCGUCUAAGAUUGGAAGACUGUGUGACCAGAGAUAUAAGAGUGGUGAAAUCUAAGCACAAUGGAGAGAAGCGACAAAGAACAUAUAUACGUGGAGAGCAGGUUUUAAAGGUCAUUUCCCAAAAAAAAAAAAAAUACAAAUUUUUGGCUAUACUAGGUUAUUGAAUUGAGUUUAGUAUAAUUUUAUUAUAUUUGAAAAAUAUUUUUAAUGCGGAAGUUAAUACUUUAUAAUAUAUACCUGCUCUUAAAAAAUGAUUUCAAAGUAUAAUAAUAUAAUCGUCCUGUGAAUUGGAUUUAUAAUUUUAAAUAAUUUAUUUUUUACUCCAAAGCUUAAUUAUAGCAAAUUCUCAUGUAUAGGUAUAAUUAUAUACUAGAUAAAUUCUCUUAAAUUUAUCUGUUACAGAUAUGACUUAGCUCAAAUUUUAUUAUCUAUAGAUAAUAUUUUAAUAUUUGGUGUAAUAAAUCACGCUUCGUGAUAUUAACACACAUUUUUAUUUUAAACGUCAUUGAUCAUUGAUAAAACAAUAGUAAAAUGUUGUUUAGAACAAAUUACGAACAAAAUAAUUCAUGGUUAACUAUAAAUUAAAUUGUUGUUUUCGAUUUAUCGAAAACCCAAUUAAAAAAUCUAAAUCGGAUUGUUGCAGAGUUUAGGUAUCUACCUAUUCACUAAUUUAACAAAAUCAAAUUAAUUUACUGGUGAAAAAAAAAAUGUUUAAAUCAAAUUUUAAAAUAAUUUUAAAAAGUUUUCAAUACGAAGAAGUGUUUUUAAUUAUUAUAAUAAUAUUUAUUAUAAUACUUUAAGUUACAAUAAUUAUUCAUUUUGAUGUUUUAUAUUCUGAGUGUAGUCAGAAAUGCGUAAAUUGGUUUAACUAUUGAUUACCUAUAAAUUUAAAUACUUGAUUUAAUUAAUUUAAUUUAAUCGAUGAUUUAACCAAUAAUGUGUGAUGUUUAAAAAACAUUUUUAUUCUACGUUUAACAUUUUUCCACUGAGAAUUUUGAUUCAAUCAUCAUUAAUCUUAGGUUGUUUCUGGCAGACAAUUUUGUUUAGUCGGAACAUUGGGACGGACAUUUGUUUUAUUUUCUCUAAGAUGUUCUUAAUGAUUAAAAAAUAAUUUAAAAACCGUGCUGAUCUGAAGUUUUCAUAGAAUACUUAUAAAAGCAUUUUCUUGACGUGAUAAAGUGUUUAAUUCAAUCGAUUUUUGAAGUAUUUAUAGGAAUAUGAUAUUAUGUGCGAGGUUGUUUUUUAUGUUUGCUGUAAUUACGAAUUUUUUAUAGUUAAUUUCUAUCAGCGUUUUAAGUUCAAAGUUAAGUUGAAAUUCGUUAAACAAAAAACAAUCGAUUUUUUUUGCGAUUUAAAAUAAAUACAAUUUUUCGUAUGAAUUGAUCAAUACUGCAUGUUAAGCGAACUUCGGUCAGAAUUGUUUUCGUUUUCACUAUUUGUUGUUUCAUACGGAUAUCAAUUAAAUUAUCUUAUAUUAUAUAUCCUGUACCUUUCCGACUUUUGUUCUUUUAAAUUUAUUAAUAAAAGUGUAGGCAAUUUUUUUUUUCUACGUAUUAUUAAUAUUUUGUUUCCGAGCAUAAUCGCAUUUCAAUAUAUUGCCAGUCCGUAUAAUAUUAUUGUUAAUUAAUAAUAAUUAAUUACCUAGCACUCUGUCCUAGUGUAAAAAAUAUAUAAUUAAGACUUUAGUUGCCACUAUUUAAAAUAUGUAAGAUUAAAUUGACAAAAAAAAUAUUCGCAUAUCUAUAGUCGAUAAAAAUACAAGUACAUACACUUAAAUAGAAGACGCAUUAAAAUACUAGGUAUAUAUUAAAUUAUUUUUUAACUAAACUUUCACGUCUUCGAUAAGACUAUAAUACGUAGGUAUUGGUAUAUAAUAUUUACCUUUGAAUUUGCGUGAUUACAUAAUAUUACUUAUAUAUACUCGUAUACGAGUAAAUAAAGUAUAUGAUGUCGUCAUAUUUUAUUACAAAUAUUCCAUAUAUUCAUAAUAGUUAUGUUUAAAAACAAUUAUAAAAACUAUUUGUCGUAAACGUUUUUAAAAUUAUUUAAAAUGAUUAAAACGAUAUAAAAUCUGGGUGAAUACUGGGUUAAAGGUGAAUACUGUUUUUUUUUUUUUUUUUUUUUUAAUUUUUUCUACUUGCCUCAUCAAAUAUACAUAUAAAAAAGGUACGGACAAUGGACAUACUUCGCACGAUGGGUAGGCCACUGUUGUAAGUGAGAAGUUGGGAAGGAAGAGAGAACAUUUAAUGUACAUCUGUACGCAACGAUAAACCGUUGCUACCGAAAAACGAUUCUGAGUGGAGUUCAGUUGGUAGUGUUGCUUUGUGAUAUUUACAAAUUAGGUCGUAAUAAAUUUACGAAUUUUAUCAACAUUUGUAUAUAAAAUAAAAAUACUACAUAAAAAUCAAUUUUUUUUUUUUUUUUUUGGACCACAAACUAUGAUUAAUGAUGAAUUGCCCGUUAAAUUUUCUAGCAAUUCUGUUUGGUUUAUCUGUUUUUUCUGUUUUAUCCUACUGAACAAAAAUUACGUACAAAAAACCCGUAAAAUUAAAAUAUCUAUAAAUAGCUUAAAAAUAUCUAUAGUGUUUUAUCACGUCUAGAAAAGGCAAAUAUAAAUUUUCCGUUCGAACUUCAAGUCUUCAAGUUUUAACUGAACCAAAGAAAAAACCAAAAACAACAAAUUUAUAACAUGAUACAGUUCGUAAAUUUUAUGUUUUUCAUACGUUUAUUCCAUUUAUUGGGUAAACUCCUGGAAAAUUAACGAUUUUCUUAAAGUAUCACCUCACUUAGAUUUUCUCUCAAAAAAAGUGCUAUACUUGAAUAUUGGGGCAAAAUUUCUGGUACAAAAGUUGUCAACAGAAAAACAAAUAAUUGUUUCAUUAUUGUAAAAUCAAUAGUUACAUUCUUUGCUCCGCUCAGAAUCCGAAAGAUACAGACAUACAUUGUACGACUUUACACAUUUAGGUAUAUUUAUUUAUUCAAUACUUUUUAGAAAACAUGAUAUUAUGUUAUAUUUUUCAUAUACUUGUAGUUUUUUUUUUGUUUGUCUAAUUACUUUCUUUAAUCUGUGAAUUUAAUUACACGCCCAAUCAGAUCACGGUAUGUCUAUAUUUUGUUUAAAAAGAGACGAACAUACUUCAUACAAUGAAUGGACCAUUGUUGCAGGUGAAAAGUUGAGAAGGUAGGAUAUAUAGGGGAAUAUAAUGUACAUCAGUAUACCACGAUGUACGCAACGAUUAAUCAUUCAUAACGAAAAACGAUUCUGAGUGGAAUGCGGUUAUACAUGUUUUAAAGGGCCGUAAUAUUUACGGUUUGAAAAUAAUACAUUUCGUAAUUUUUCCCGUUUUUCUUAAGUUUUUUUUCUAGUUUUCCCCAUUUAUUACGAAAAAUUAAAAAAUGACUUUCUUAAAGGACCCCUCCAGUCAAUUUCCCAUUCAGAGAAGAUGAACAUGAUACACUUGAACAUCAGAGCAAAAUUUCUGGUAGAAAAGUUGUUCAAAAAAAAAAAAAAAAUGUAAAAUUAAUUCAUUCCUCGUUCCGCUUAGAAACUAAAAAUACAAUAUAAUAAUAUUAAUGUCACAACAUAUUGCAUUCGGUUACAAAUUACAAUUUACAUUGGGUACCCUUUCUCUAUAUACCUUAUAGAAAAAAAAGUACACAAUUAAGCAUUUAACAGUUAAAAUACAAAUUCAAACGACGAAUUAAUAGUUAGUAAUAAACGAAUAAAUAAUACGUAAUCUACCUAUUACAAUACAUCAGUACAUUACAAUACGUAAUUUGUUUAUAGUUCUACGCCUUGAAACGGUAGUAAAAUUGUUGAAAAAUACAAAUGAUAGAAUAUAAUGGGUACGGUAUUGGUAAAAUAAUUGAACUGGUGUGCACUCAAAUCUAAUUUUAACAGUAAUCCAAUGCGUGUGUAGUGUGUCCAAUGUACGUAUAAUUCAAUACACCUUUUGUGUUUCCAAUUUAAAUCGAUAGCAUUGGGAGAAUACAGUAUAAUGAACCUAUGUUUUAUUGUUACAUAAAAGCUAGGUAAUAGUAGUUAUACUAAUUUACUAGUUAAUAGAGGGACAUGCUGAAAUUUUAAUUUUUACGUUUUUCAUAGUCCACGCGUGCGUCCGCAUUCUCGCCAAAUUAUACACACUAAAUUAAUUUUAUGUUGUUCUCCUUAUUAUAUACUAUUAUUUGCAUAGAACUGCGUUUAACAUAAACGAAUUGCAGUCUAAUCUAAAUUGAAUGUUGUCAAAAUAAUAGUGUUUAAAUUUUAGCCUAUAGUAGUAUAGAUUCUAAAAAAAAAAAAAAAAAGGUUAUAUCGGAGACUGAUGAAGCCGACGUUACAGGUGGAUAAUUGGCAAGGUGGGAUACAUAGAGUUAUUUAAUUUAUAUCUGUAACCAACGACAGACCAUUGCCAAUAAAAAACGAUUCGGAGCGAAGUUCAGUUAUAUCUACAUGUUUUGAAUGACCGUAAUUACGAUUUUCAACAAAAUUUGAUUUUAAAACUCUUAUAAAAAAAAAAAAAUAAAAAAAAUACUACGUUACACUCAACUACAUUUUCCGACCACUAAGUACGACUUACUUUUGUUAGAUUAAUAAUUUUAUUUACAGAGGUACUCCAAAUUAAAAUUACAUAAAAAAUCUCAAAAUUAAAAUAUCUAUUUAUAGCUCAUAAAUGGCUCAAAUAUUUUGAAAAUUUGACCACGCCUGGAAAAAGGAAUAUAUAAUAAAGAUAAAUAAUAUAAUAAAGGAAUAAAAGCAAAUAUAGUUUUGCUUUUAAAAUUUUAAGUCUACGAAUAUUUCAACUGGAUGGCAUUGAACAAAUUUAAUUUAAAAUAAUAAAAUAAUAAUUUUCGUAAAUUUUCCGGUACUUUUUACGUAUUUUUUAGUUUUGCUCAAUUAUUUAAAAUUUUUAAUCCUGUAAAUAUUAUAACUUACCAUUAUAACAUUAUUCUGUUUCAGGUAUACCGUACGCGUUCAAUUUGGCCGGCGUCGGAUUAGGAAUAAUAUUAUUGGCAUUGGUCGCGAUAGUCACCGAUUACUCGUUGGUGAUCAUGUUGAAGAGCGCGCACAUAUGCGGUAGUUUUUCGUAUCAAUCGUUAAUGAAAUCCGCUUUUGGUCGAUAUGGGUUCGUCGUGUUAUCGUUCCUACAAUUUACUUAUCCUUUUAUCGGUAAGUCUAUGAACGAAUAUUAUAAUAAUAUAAAAGGGCAUUUACGUCAAAGUACAAUAAACGCAACUAUGUAUAUAUUAUGGUGCCAAUACGUUAUUAUUGUUGUACAUUCAUAAAUUAAUUACAAAAUGAUCUUUAUUUGAUACACGAAAAAAACAACCAACCAAUUUUAUGAAAUUCCUAAAUAAUACAUUUGUAGAAUAUAAUAAUAUGAAAAACAAUUUUGAGCGAACUUUGGUUGAACACGUAUUGAUAAACUUCAAUCGAAAAUCGUUUUGUUUGCAACUAUAAAAUAAAUCACAAUUCUCUGUGUUUUUCAUCUCAAAUUUUAGUGUUUUCAUCAAACCAAAAUAGUUUUAUCCACAUACAUCAGAAAAUAUCUAUUUAUUCACUAUUUAUUUAAAUCUUAGACGCUUAUUAAAAUAAACAUCAACUAUAGAUUUUCUGUUUUAGAUUGGGAGCGUAGGGGGGGGGAUCUAUUGGUUUAACUAUGAUGUGUACUUUUUUUAUUUUUUUACAGUGUGUAAACAACAUUUCGAGAAGAAAUCUUUCUCCGAUCUAUAAAAAAGGAAAUUUCCUUUAUUUAUUACAUUAAUGAGGUAAUUUUUUGAUUUUCCUAGGGGGUUUUCAAAAUAAUUUAGAAAAACCAAAAAGAAAAUUAUAAAUUAAACGGCAAAUAUUUACAGCGCCCCGCGAUGUUACUAUUUCAUUGUUUUCAAUUUUUGUUCACGAUGAUCUCUACCAGAAAUGUUGCUCCAAUCGAAAAAUGACAAGAGACCUAUUCUGAUUAAUUUUUUAUCCAGUUUGUGAGUAAUAAUAACUCAGCUCUUUAAAAUAAUAAUUCACCUCUUUUUUUUUAUAGUGCUAUGAGAAUUAUUUCUGAUGAAUCUAUAUCAAAUUUUCGAGCAUUUUUAAGUUGUAAAACAAAUUUUAAAAUCUUCACAAGUCCAAGUAAAAACUUGGAAAAUUAAAAAGUUUUAAAUUUCUAAAAUAUCCUUAGAGUUGUCAGAACUAUGUAAAUAGUAUUAGGUACUACGUACAAUUUUUCGCUAUUUUAAGAUGACAUGUAUUGGAUUGUCAUUUUUUAAUUUUCCGUAAUGUACUGAUUUCACGGAGAACAAUGGGGAAAACUAACGACAAAGCAUAUAUAGAUAUACUGCAUCAACGUUUUUAAUUAAAUUAAUCGGGAUUCCUUAUCUAUUUUGUCAUUUCCGGAUAAUAAAAUAUUUUUAUUCGGCCUGGCAAGUUUUUAAUAACAUCCACCAAUUUAUUGAUGUUCGGUACCGUAUAAUGACAGAUCUAGAGGAGAAUAGAAAAUGUCCUCGUUUUAAAAACGACUGCAUUUAUGUUAAUAUUUUUAGAAAACGUUAGACAUAUAUAUUAUAUUAUUUACAUCAAUUGUUGUUUAACAUUUGUACAAACAUUAAAUUGCAAUAAUACCCAUGCAUGUUUUUUUUGAUUAUACGAAUAAAAUAUGACACAUACUAUGCAUAUAAUAUUAUAUAGGUUCAAAUAAAAAUAUAAAAAUGAACUAUUUAUAAGCAACACAAUCUAAUCAAGUACUUCAUAAGAGCUUUUUUGUAGUAUUUUGUAUAUAACUCAUGAGUAGGUGAUUCGUUUUUAGAUUUUUUUUACUAGUUUUUUAAUAAUUGAGAAAAACCGGAAAGUUACGAAAAAUGAUAACUAAAAAUGUACGGAGCAGUCCUUUGUUUUAAAUUUGUACGGUUUAUGUUUUCCUACAAAAAUAUUGCUCCAAAAUAAGAGAUUUUUUUUGGUGAAUGUUUAAUUUGGUUGAGGACUAUGAAAGUUAUUUUUGGUUAUUUUUUUUAAUCAUUUCGUAAAACCGAAAAAUACUUAGAAUGUACAGGAAAAUGUAUGAAAACAAUUCUUUUAUUAUUUUGAAUUUUGUUUUUUCAAUGUAAUUUAGUUUAAAAUAUUCGUAGACUUGACAUUUUUAUAGACAAUUUAUAUUUGCUUUUUUAGAUGAGGUAAAAUGUUCAAAACAUUUGAGCUAUUUUUAUGGGAUAGGUACCUCCUUGUGAGUAUAAUUGUUUGACUAAUCAGAAAUACUUGAAAAUUUGAUAAAAGUUUCAAUACUAGUCGUAACUAGUGGUUAAAAAAAAAAAAAUUGAGGAAUGAAAUAUUUUUUUUUUGUAUAAGUUUUAAAAUCAAAUUUUGACGAAAAUCAUAAAUAUUACAAUUUUUCAAAAUAUGUGUAACCAAAGUUCGUUUCGUAUCGUUUUUCGUUAGCUAUGGUUUAUCAUUAGUUACAGGUAUAAAUUGAAUAACUUUCUACACCCUAUCAUCCCAACUACCCACCUAUAAUAGUGGCUGUACUCGUCCCCGGUAUCGGUUAUAUUUUACUCUUACUCUACUUACAUAAAUACCUUCCUUAAAUGACAAAUUGAUACUUAAAUUUCAAUCCCCCUCAUUAAUUAUAGAUUUAAAUAGAGAAUAUUACCGGUUAUGGGGUAUGGUGGAGAAUAGUUUAACCACUUCUUUACUAUUAUGUUUUUUUUUUGUUUUUUUCUUAUAAUGUUUAUAACUACUGACUACCUCGAGAAAAUAUUUUAUCUUUUUAUUAACACCACUACUCAUACUAAAUACUACUAAAUCCUACUAUUUUACUGCUAUAAGUAUUUUACAAAAAGUCAAAACAUUUUUUAUGAAUAAUUUCCUGUGCAUUUAAGAGGUGAAUAUUCAGUAUUAAACUGUGCUUCGAAGAAUUAAAAUCAUGAUUUUAGAUAUAAAAUGAUAGAUAUAUUCGUUUUAUUGGUCUUCUUCUGGUCUUCCACUAAUUUCCAAAAGUUUUUGUCGCAAUCACUAAAUCACAAUAUUUUUCUUCGGCUGCAUUUUUAUAGGUUCCAGUUUUACGCUACAGUGGCUUUGUCUUCCAGAUAUUUUUCUACUGCAGUGAUCCACAAGGUGGGGUUCCUUCAAGUUUCCACUCCAAUUAUAUUAGCCUAAUUGCUUGGAGCCUCACUUCGUCCUAUUAUACAAUCCAAUCAAAAUCGUGGUUAUAAAAGUUUAAAAUUUAGAUUAGAGGAGCAGGCAAGGUCAAUAAACUUCGCUUAUCCAUUUUUAGACGAUAGUAAAUAAAUUACUACUUUUCCAGUCUAAAUAUAUAAUAUUUGUAUGGCAACAACAUUUACACAGUAACAUUAAAUGUUGUAAAUAAAAUUAUAGCUGAGACUAAUAAUAUUACAUUGCUGUAUAUUAUACAGUGAUAUUUAAAUCAUAUUUCUUUCUCCAGGGACUAUAUCCAAUUAAUGGCUUCCUUUGUUACUUUAUUGAUACCAUUAAUGGCCAGCGCAAACCUUCUCCUCGGACAUUCGUCUGUAAUUAUGCUUCAUGGUCUGAUUAUCGUUCGCAUAAUCAUAUUCCGGGCUGUCUUUUAAUUUCUCCUUUUACGUAAGAACAUUUUCCUUCAAAGUAUUUGAUAAUUUCGUUUGGAACAGAACGUACAUAAAGAGAAUUAUGAGAAUUAAAUUUUUCAUGGAUAAUGUGAAGUACAAUUACAAUCUUUAAAGAUCGAGUUGUGUGGUGUUUUCCUGAAUUUUGAGUCGUUUAUCCGAUCGUAGCAGUUGUUCGGCCGCCGACGCCUCAAUAGUUUCGACGGUGAACGUGUUUAUUGAUCGACCACUUCUUACCUCAUCUUUAAGACUUUCUUGACCUGAAUUAAAUUAUGUAUACCAAACCGAUAUACUUUUUCGAGACAUUACGUAAAGUAUAUAAACUCUAUUAUUUUUCAAUUAAUUUUAGUCGGAGAAACAUUUUGAAAACUAAAAAAGUGAAUAACAGCGCGGGCUUCUUUCUUUGUACUAACUAAAUAUUGGUUUUCCAAGUUUUUUAUUAUGUAGCUGAUGAAAUACUCAAGUAAAAUACUUAUAGAAUACGUAGUUUAUACCUAAUUUAUCAAUGUUGAAAAUUUCCUGCUGAUAUAGUAUACAAUUUUUACCUUAUUUAUCGGAUAUCCUACAUAUUAUUUCCACUUCUUCCAUGCCUGGUUCUAAUUAUGUUAAGGAUUGUUCAUUCCUUACGUAGGAGUUUAACUCUUUUAACUCUUUGUGUGGGAUUCUUAAUCAGCUCCUUACAUAAUACCGUUGUACAUGACCACUUCUCUUACCAUUCUUUCGCAUUACAUAAUUGUAACUGCGAUAGUUCUCUGGUCUUGAUUCAUGGCGGAUUAUUUGACUUUAAUCUUACCACUGGUGCAUUUUCCAGCUGCUUAUUGAGGGUUAAGUUCUGGUAGGUAUCAUACUUAAUAAAUAAUGGUAAAAAAGACUGACAUAUUUCGCACAUGGGCCACUGUUGUAGGUGAGAAGUUGGGAAGGUAAUAAAGGGGAAAUUUAAUGUCCAUUUGGAAGCAACCAUUGCUAACGAAAGAACGAUUCUGAAUGGAGUUCUAUUAACAGUGUUGCUUUGUCAACAAUACAUAUGUCAUAUUAUGAUAAAAUGAUUACAUACCUAUGCAUGAAACAUUUUCUUUAAUAAUAUUUGUUUAAUAUUGUACCUUAUUUCCCGUUUUUCCUACAUUUUUCCCGGAUUUUCCAUGUUUUCCCUCGGUUUUCCCCUUUAUUAGAAAAACUCUUAGGAAAAUCAAAAAAUGACCUCUUUAAAGUUUCUUUCCAGCCAGAUUUUAUUUUAUAAAAGGUGCUAUCAUUGUAAACCGGAGUGAAAUAGAAAAGUUGUUCACAGAAAAAAAUAAAAUAAAUAAACAUCAUUAUAAAACCAAUACAUUACUUGCUCAACUUAGAAUAUAAAAUGUUUAAAUGCUCAACUGUAAUGACUUAACCUGAUAAACCAUAUAUCUACUUUAUGCAUAUAAAGUGUUUAGAAAGUUAUUCUAUAUUACAAUAUCUGAUUAAAUGGGGGGGGGGAUUAUUUAAAAACCAAAAGUAUAUAUUAUAUACUCAUUUAAGACUAUAAGGAUUAGGGAUGACAUUUUUAAAUUGUGGAUAAAAUAGAGCUAAACUGAUAAUGAUUGAAGCAGAAAUCCCUAGGGAAAAUCGCUGUUUCGUAUUAACGAAUCACUUUGUAUACCUACACUAAUCGUAGGGUGUAACAUAAAUAUUAAAAUAUCAUACAACAUAUACGAUUAAUAAUUUUUUUUUGCAGCGAUGGUAAGCUACAACAUAAUCGUAGGGGACACGGCCACAAAGGUCUUGAUCCGACUAUUCGCUUUACCACACGACUCAAUAUUCGCCCAACGGUAUUUUGUCAUAGCGAUGGCCACGAUUUUCAUCACCGCCCCUUUGUGCAUGUUGAGGAACGUAGCGAGACUAGCCAAAGCGUCCGUUCUAUCUUUCAUCAUGGUACUGGUCAUCUUCGUUACUAUAGUCAUUAGAUACGAAUCUCUAAGUGACGUCAUGUAAGCCGUCUCACUAAAAAUUGUAUCAGUAGGUACACUUACCGAACGUCUAUACACGAUUAUUAAAACAUCGAAAAAUCCCCGUCCCGCAUUUUUAUUUUCGCAGGUCCUCGGUAUACAAAGCGGACAACAAAAGCACCUGGGAUUUCGCUCGACCGGACGCAGUUCAAGCAAUGGGCAUAAUGUCUUUUGGUAAGACUUAUUAUUUUGUCUGCAUUAGGCACUGAAUUAUUAUACAUUAGCUUAUACUAUUAAUUAUCAUAAAGUAACUAAAAAUAACUUUAACAUUUUGUUUAUAACUUAAUUUCAUAUAGAAAUGUGCGUAGCCCGUUAGAAAAAGAAGAAUGAAAAACCGUUUCGAUAGUUAUUACUCACUGAUUACCCAGCAAUCAGUUUUUCUGAUCUCAUUUUCUGGAAAUGUUCGUAUAUUAAAUGAAUUAGAUCAAAAUCCAGUAACUUGUCAUUAUUAAAAUGUAUAACCUUUAUUGAUGGUCUUUGUAGUCGUAGAUAUAGAUAGUCGCACCUAUUGUAUACAUUUAAGUUAUUAUCGUAAUAAAAUAACAAUCAAUAAUUUUAAAACAAAAAAUUUGAUUGUGCUCAUGAGUAGGCCACUGUAGUACGUGUAUAAUCGUAAAGGUGUAAUAAAUCAUUGCAAAUGAAAAAAUGAUUCUGAACAGAGUAGUGUAUUUUCUUUUCUUACCAAGAUAACCCAGAAAUCGAUAAAAAUCAAACAAAAAAAAAGGAUCUAUGGGGUGAACUGCUGAACAUUUCGAUAAAUAUUUCAAAUAAAGUAUCAUCAGGCAAAAUUCCGAAUCUUUUAAGCCACCUACUUAUAAUAUAAAAAAAUAUAAGACCUUUUAUACUAACCGCAAAACACAAAAAUCUUUGUAAAACUAAUAGCUUUUUCAUUAUACCCAGAAUCUAAAAUACAAUUGUUAAAAUAAUAAUACAUUUUUUGGAAAUUGUAAUUAUUAAUUUUUAAUUUAAAAAUAUAGUUUUAAGUAAAUUAUUUUGUUUAUUCAUUAUGUAGGUUUUAUGUGCCAACACAACGUGUUCUUACUGUACGAUUCCAUAGAAGGAGUUAGUCAAACCGUUUGGAACAAUGUAACGCAUUUUGCAGUCACUGUAUCUUUCUUGUUAAUGGUUGGAUUUGGAUUGGUUGGAUACGCUACAUUCGGUAAUCUCACACAAGGUACAUUUAUUUUAUAGUUAAAAAUCAAUUUUUAUAGGCAGGUUGCCUUUUUGUCUAUUCAUAUUUUAAACAUUUUUAGGUGAUUUGUUGGAAAAUUAUUGUUGGAACGACGAUUUAAUCAAUAUUUCGAGGCUAUUGUUUUCAUUAAUAACGUUACUUACUUUCCCGUUAGAAUGCAUGGUAACUAAAGCUGUUGUUGAUCAGACUCUUAAGGGUGACACCAAUGACGCACUCGUUCCGAUGUCGAAAAAAAAACACGCCAUUGUUACCAUUUCAAUUCUCGUAAUAACUUAUUUGGUUUCAAUAUCCACUAAAUGUCUUGGAAUAGCCUUAGAACUGAAUGUGAGUAUAUUGGAUACAAUUUUAAUAUUUUAUAAUACAAAAUUAAUAUGUAUCAGGUUUGUUCGAUUGUUUAAAAGAACAUAUAAUUAUAUUUUGAUACAAUUAUACUGAACGUUAUUCGAGCUUUUCCUACAGUAAAGUAUGUUUUGAUCAAAACAUGUGUUGCCUUUAAUACAAAAAUUUAAACUGAUUGAAUAUUAUGAAUUUUUGUUGAUAAAAAUUAACAAAAAGAUACGAGUAGGACCCAUUUAAUGAACGAUAUAUAUACAGUAGACUCCGUUUUAUUGGGACACAACAGUUGCUUGUUAUUUUGUUACGAUAAAGCGGUUGUCCCAAUAAUCCGAAAUAAAAAAAAAAUAUAUAAAAAUUUGAUGGUGGUUAGUUACUGAUUUAUUAAUAGAGUAGUACAAUUUUUUCGCAAUUUACACUUAGAAAAUAAUUUUUAUUUUUAUUGAAAGAGACAAUGAACGCAAUCACGUACAAUUGAAUUUAUUAUUAUCAUUAUUAUUAUUAAAUUGCAUACAUGUUUACUUCUAACUUACCAUAUAAUUUUAACGUCCCGUGAUUUUUUUGAGCCAUUUUAACAAAUUAAUAACAAAAGCGCAGUGUGAAACAAUCACUACAUAUUAUUUAGUAUGACAUACAACUUAAAAAUGCAAUUGACGUACCUAAUCAAUCAUAAAUCAUUUAAACGACGUAAGUAUACGAGCGAUAUGCUAUCGUAAUUAUUUAAAUUAUUAUUAUUGUAUGGGUAUACAGAAAAAAAAGUCUAAAUAUAGCGAUGCGAUAAUUCUCAAGCUCGUUCGGAUUAUCCUGUCUUUUGGAUUAUCCUGUGUAGUUGCGGCUCCAAGGGGUCUUUAGGGGCCACGCCCAUAUUAUACCGGGUGAUCCAUUUAAGUGGAUAUACUCAUUAUCUCGAAAAGUAUUAACUAUUUUCGGAAUUUGUUUACUAGAAAAUUUAAGAAAUAAGCAGAUCUAUAGUUUUAUAUUUAAGUUAUUUUUUUGGGUUAAACGACCACCUACUUUAGAUUUCCAAAUAGCAAUCUACAUUAAAAAUUCCAUAAAUGUAUAGAAUAUUAGUUAAACUAAAUUUUAGUGUUGACAUUUUUGAUUUUUGUCAAUCCGUUGAUGAGAUAUUACAGUUUUAGGUUUGGGUUAGAGGAGAGUAGUGGAGUACCUAUCAUUUGUGUGGCGGUACGGCGCGCGGUGUGUUAAUAAUACACCACUGCCACCCACCAACCCAUACUUAAAAGUGGAAUAUACCGCAACGGAUUGAUGAAAAUCAAAAAUUUCAACACUUAAAUUUAGUUUAAAUAAUACUCCAAGUUUUAUGGAAUUUAUGGAAUUUUUAAUAUAGGUUACCAGUUGAAAAUCAAAAUUAGGUGGUCGUUUUACUUUCAAAAAUAAGGGCGACAAAAAAUAAAAUAAAUAUGGAAUUGUAGAGCUGCUUGUUUCUUAAAUAUUCUAGAAAACAAAUUCCGAAAAAAGUUAAUACUUCCCGAGAUAAUGUAUGUACCCACUUAAAUGGAGCACUUGGUACUUUCGACUGUUAUAGACACGUACAAGUGUGUAGUUAAAGGUAUGUAUUAUCUAUAGUCUAUGCAAUGAAGUAUGAAUAAAGUAUAAAAUAUAAAAUAUAUUUUUUGGUACACAUUUUUCUGAAAAAUAGCACUAUUAAGCGGAGUCUAGUGUAUUAUAUAAAAUUAUUCAAUCGCUGUAAUUUCUUAUAAAUAUCAUUGUUGUAUUAAUCUUGUAAAGUUAUGCCUACACUUACAUGUAUACAAUAUUAUUUUUGUUAUAGAAAGGAAUGAUACCUAUGUAUUUACGCAUUAUGAUAAUAUAUAUGUGUAUUAUCUAUUGUUAUAGGGAGUCAUGGCUGCAAUUCCGUUAGCGUUCGUUUUACCGGCAGCUAUUUAUAUUAAAGUAUCAGACGAUUCUUGGAAAAAGAAGGUAAUAUCAAAUAUAGACAUUGUAAAAUAUUUAAUGUUUUCAGGUAGAGAAAGACUAGAUGGUAGAUAAAUAUUUAUCUAUAGCGUCUCUAGUUUCAGAUAGACAGCUAUUAUUCUAGUAAGAGAGUAGCCAAUCUUAUAACGUUGGUAUUCUGAUUUGUUAACCUUUUAUCUAUAUCCUUGGAUCCCUUUAUAGUAUAAGUACUAAUAUUUCUUUAAUAAGUCACUAAAAUAAUGAUUACAAUGUCAAGUUACUUUAUUCCCUAGUUUUUACAUAAACAAUUUUUAAUUUUGUAAAACAGCUGUGUUAUAAUUUAUAAUUAUCUACUUUUUUUUAAGGAAUGUUUUAAUUUAUCAUUCUAAUAUUAAUACUAGAUGUACUUAUUGGAAGAAAAUGAAAAACCGAGUAUAAAUUGUUAGGCAACACCUAGACCAAAGCAAACAAUUUUCGAUUAAUUUUUCUAACUAUGUUGUCAAUGUAGAAAAACUUUGAAACCAAAGAAACAUUAUCUUUAAAACAUAUUCGUGUUUUACAAAGUUUUAAACGAGAGAGAUACAUCAUUGUAAUUAUUGCUAAAGCUCGCACAGUCAUUUUAAAUAUUAUCAACAUAGUUACUAGGGGAAGGGAUCAAAACAAUGUUCAAAUUCCUUUACGGCCUCCAAUGAGAAAUCUAAAUGUUUGUUGCUAUUAUUUUGUGAAAAACACAUAAGUCAGCUACUUUUGACGAAAAAUUUCACAAAAUGUAUUGGUGAUAAUGUUAACAUGAUGCUUACACUGUUCCUUUGGUCUAGACGUGGAUAUAAUUCGAAAGUUAACAUUUCCAAAUUUUAAAUUAUACAGUGUCAUAAUAAUUGUAAAUAGGAACAAUACCUACACACGAUUAUAGGUUGUAGUGAUAUAUUAAUUUGUUUUUUUAAAUUUUAGAUUCCUGCGUACUGUUUGGCCCUGUUCGGUACAUUUGUGGCGUUCCUCGGUGUAUACAUGGUUAUUGACGAGAUAUUAACUUCCACUUCCACGGAUUCUUGUAAUAACGAUAAUAUAAUGGACCACUGUUACAUUAAUAACACUUCGUACCAGCAACAAAUCAACAGCCAGUGACGUUAUUAUUAAGAUUAUAUUAAACAACUGAUGAAAUAAAAUUUAAUAAUAAUUAAUAAAACAUCUUGUGAAAGAAAAAAAAAAUGUCUAGGUAGUUGGAUCAUAUUAUACAUUAAGACUACCAAUAUAUACCUGCUAUAAUGUUCUAGUCUCUUGAAAUUGCAUUAUUUUUUUUUUAUAUA